UAUCACUUAUACGUACACAAAGCCAUGGUUCAGAUACAACGGGUCAAACCCGAUCCAACCCAACCCGAGCACACUCUUGGCCAUAACUCACUUAAAAAUGAAAAUAUCUCCCUUGUACACCACAAUUUGUGAAAUUGACAAGCAAACUAUAACGGGACCACGUAUUUUGUACACAAUUCUUCCAUCCACAAACACAAUAAGUAGUUAUUUUAUUCACUCCACAAUAAAUCCAAUAGCAACAACAACAAUGGAGGCCAGCAAAUGGACGGCGGCGGCGGCGAGCAUUUGGAUCCAGUGCAGCUGCGGCGCCUCCUACGCCUUCGGCAUCUACUCUCCGAUCCUCAAAUCCUCGCAAAACUACGACCAAUCCACGCUCGACACCAUCUCCGUCUUCAAGGACAUCGGCGCCAACGCCGGCAUCCUCUCCGGCCUCCUCUACGCCGCCGCGCCGAGGACGUGGAUCGUGCACGCGGCCGGCGCCGCGCAGUGCCUGAUCGGCUACCUCUUCCUGUGGCUGGCCGUCACGGGCAAAAUUCCGCAGCCGCACGUGGCGGCCGUGUGCCUCUUCAUGUUCCUGGCCGCGCACGCGCAGACGUUCUUCAACACGGCCAACGUCGUCACCGCCGUCGAGAAUUUUCCGGGGUAUAGCGGCACCGUCGUCGGGAUUAUGAAGGGCUUCCUUGGCUUGAGUGGUGCAGUUAUCAUACAAGUUUACCAAACAUUAUUCCCAGAAAAACCAACCACAUUCCUCCUCAUACUCGCCUUGGCCCCGUCCCUCCUCUCUCUCGCCCUCAUGUACUUGGUCCGAGCUCAUCCCACUUCCUCGGCAGAUCACGAUAAGGCAUACUUGAACGGCUUCUCACUCAUCUCCAUGGUCGUUGCCGCGUAUGUCAUGCUACUAAUCAUUUUAGAAAACGUUUUCGUCCUCGCCCCUUGGAUGCGCGCUCUCACACUGACGAUCCUCUUCCUCAUCCUCUCCUCGCCCCUCCACGUAGCCGUCAAGGCAAACAAACACGAAGCAGAGAAACGGAGUUCACUCCCCAGUUUGAAGGCCCCUCUGAUAGUGGACAAUGAAACGAGAAAACCAAACGAAACCAAUGAUCACGAGAUGAACCUCGUUCAAGCUCUCCGCACUCUGAGCUUCUGGCUGCUGUUUGUUGCCAUGUUGUGCGGGAUGGGGUCAGGGCUCGCCACGAUCAACAACAUCAGCCAGAUCGGGGAGUCCCUGGGCUACACCGCGGUGGAGAGGAGCACACUAGUGUCACUGUGGAGCAUAUGGAACUUCCUUGGCCGGGUCGGGGCAGGGCUCAUGUCGGACACCUUCCUUCACAAGAAAGGCUACUCGAGGCCGUUGUUUAUGACUGUGACUCUGGCAGCCAUGACUGCUGGCCACGUCAUCAUUGGAUCGGGUUUCCCAGGAAACCUGUACGUGGGAUCCGUGUUGGUCGGCAUCUGCUACGGGUCGCAGUGGUCGCUUAUGCCCACCAUCACCUCUGAGAUAUUCGGGGUGCGCCAUAUGGGGACGAUAUUCAAUACGAUCGCCAUUGCUAGCCCUCUGGGGUCGUACAUAUUUUCCGUUAGGCUUAUUGGGUAUAUAUAUGAUAGAAAUGCGGGAGAUGAGAGUUCUUGCAGUGGAACUCACUGUUUCAUGUCAUCUUUCUUCGCUAUGGCGGUUGUAAGUCUUUUUGGGUCGCUCGUGGCAUUAGGGCUGUUUGUCAAGACGAGGAAGGUUUAUGCUCGGAUCGCGCAUUCAAGGAUGUUGGCUUGAUUUUAGUUACACUACAAAAAAAACUGUGUCAGCGGACAAAUCUGUUGGUAAGUACCAAAUAUGCGCUUAUAAAAUAGUUUAUCGGUGGAUUACCGGUGGAUUCCGAAUGUUAUGUUGGUAAUUCAUCGCUAUUAUUGUUAGAUUUAUAUUCGCCGGUAAAUCUGCUGGUUAUUCGCGCUUUUUUGUAGUAUUAUUUGUGGUAUAUAUUUUUAAACUCUGGACUCAUGUGUCACAUGGUCUAGGCUUCACGAGAUUGGUUUUUUUUUGUGUGUGUUAAAGAGACUUCUUUUUAUGUUUUGGUCUGAAGAAGUCCUGCUGUAUUCAUAUGAUUUGUAAAUUUUUUUGAUUGGGAUUGAGUUUGUAUUUGUAUUGAAUAUUGAUAUAUCUUGAAAUUUGAUCGGAGGGUGAAUAUUGAUAUAUUUUGUUGAA